GAGGCGCCUACCCCUGUCUCCAUAUUAUAUUUAUAUCGAUAGAUCACCGAAGCAUUUAAGAAUCCUGUCAUCGAUCCCCAUAUCAACCUUGUAAGUAGGUGUUGCUGUUUCGAUUAGAUCAUCCAAAAAAUGGCUGAUGAUGAAGUGAAGUUGUAUGGCGCCAUGGUAAGUCCAUUCGUUUGUAGAGUGAAAAUCGCUUUGAAUAUGAAGGAAAUCAAGUAUGAAAACUUGGAAGAGGAUAUCAUCAACAAGAGUGCCGAACUUUUGAAGUAUAAUCCUGUUCAUAAGAAAGUACCGGUGCUGCUGCACAACGGAAAUCCGAUCUCAGAGUCUAUUGUGAUCAUUGAAUACAUCGAUGAUGUCUGGAAAGGGGUUCCUAUUUUGCCUCAGGAUUCUUAUGAGAAAGCUAUCGCUCGAUUCUGGGCGAAAUUUCUUGAUGAUAAGUGCCUCCCUGCACUCAGGGUUGUUGGCAGCAAUGGAGAUGAGAAAGUUAUCGCAGAAGCUUGUGAGCAACUUCAAGUACUGGAAAAUGAGCUCAAAGUCAAAGGUACAAAGUUCUUUGGAGGUGACAACAUUGGUCUGGUGGAUAUUGCUGCUGUUUUCAUAGCUUACUGGCUUGGAAUAAGGGAAGAAGCAGCUGGAAUAAAGACGUUCACGAAAGAGAAGUUUCCAAAACUAACCAAAUGGGCUGAUGAUUUCGUUAACUCUCAAGUUGUCAACCAUACCUUACCUCCACGUGAACGCAUGGUAGCAUUUUACAAUAAAAUGUUUGGUAAGGUUAAUUAAUAAUAGUAAAUGUGACUGUUAUAUACAUAAACUUGGUCAUUUUGUAAGGGUAUGAAUAUAUGUACGUGGUU